AUGGCUGCAUCUUCCCGAGCUGCCUUCCACGUCCUCCUCCUCCUCGCGGCGUCUGCGUCUGCUGGUGCGCGUCGCCCCCCGCCAACCAAGGCGCAGAUCAAGGCAGAGUCAGUUCUGCUCCCUGCCCCUUCCUCCAUGCUUCCUCCUCCCUGCCUCAUCCUCCCUCACUCAUCCUCCCUGGAUCAUUCUCCCUGUCUCAUUCUCCCUGAAUCAACUUCCUUGCUUCCUCUCUUUUCCGUGCUUUCAUCCUUCUCUUAUCUUCCUGCUUUCCCUUCUUUUCUCACCCUUCAUCUGCCAUCUAGUCACAUUCACCCGCUUUUGAACUCCAAGUACAACUUCUCAGCACUUGCUGAGCCACCCUCCCAUGUUCUGUUCCCCCCCCUUCCCCUUCCCCUUCCCCUUCCCCUUCCCCUUCCCCUUCCCCUUCCCCUUCCCCUUCCCCUUCCCCUUCCCCUUCCCCUUCCCCUUCCCCUUCCCCUUUCCCAUUUACCUCCCCUCCAGUGA